UCGAGCCACAAAACCAGUGUUAGGGCACAGGCAACCUUUUAGCUUGGCUGUUGUUAAAAGUCUUUUAGUCGAUCUAACGUUGGUCCCAUUUGGGCACAGGCAACCUUUUAGCUUGGCUGAUGAACCUAAACCCGAUCACGAAUUAGCAAGGAGGUGGGAGAAGGAGCGUUCGCAUAAACAGGUCCACCUCCAUCAACCAACUAUAAACGGGACUGUAAGUGGUCCGAUAAAUGGUGCAUAUGUGUCUGGCGGAACAGUUGGAACUGUAAACGGAACUGGAACUAUCAGCGGAGGGACUUUUGGUGACUAUCACGAGGAGUUGCAGAGAAAACAAGCAAGAAUAGACGGUGAGAAUCUUCAACCUAUCUAUAACGUUCAAAUCCCUCCUCCACGCGUUGUCACUCCUCCCCAUCCACCACGAACAACACCUGAACAUCAAAUAUUUUCUUCGAGUUCCAUCAUUUCUCCAACCACAAGAAGUGAAACUGAUAAUUUCUCGGAUCUGCAGAUUGAACAAUUCUCCGGUGAUACUCUAGUAGAUUUUCAUAAAUAUAUGCGCAAUACGUAUAUAGUGAAAACAAAAGUUGCGCAAGGCGUAAAGACGAUAUUUCGAGAAUGUAUCGAGACCGCACUAGAUGAAGAUCUUGGGCUGAAAGAAGCGGAAAGAAGCGUAGAACGAUUAUUCACAAAGUCCUUUGAUAACCCCAUUGACCAGAAAAGAACGAAAAAUAUCCCUGUUAAGCCAUUUAAGGACCAUCUUAGUGAGGGCACUCUGACUGCCAACAUUAUUAGUCCAGUAUUGCGCUUCUUCUUUCACGAUGCUUCAAUACAUCCGGCCAUUUGGCCCAACACUGCCAGUGUGAGUAGCAAAAUCCGUAAACUUGCCGAUCUAGAUCCUUCACGAGCAAAGCAACCAGGCAUGAUCGGAAAUAUUGUGAAUAACAACAAAUCCAAAUACGAAUUAUGUUUGGAUGCUCUUGAUCUUCUCAUUAAGAAGACAGGGAAAGAUCAUAUGAUUUUUGCGUGGCAAACAAUAGGACUCUAUAUUAUGUUCGAUACUGGCGAAACCGAACUUCCAAAGUCCUUUCAAACCUGCGGACAAUUCAUUAAUGGCAUUGACAAUUUGUUCACAUUCACUGAAAAAUACGAGAAUGAAGUGCAAAGGCUUCGUGAUUAUAUUAACAAAAAGAAAGAAAAUGGUAAUGUUCCUGUAGAAAUCAUAAAUAGGUUGAGAGCUACGUUGAGAACACCGCAGUUUAAAGAAAUAGUUAAACGUAAAUAA